AUGAAUUGACUGUGUCUAAAAUUGUAAUUUGCAGCUGUUACACAAAUUUCCUCCUUCCAUAGUCUGCGCUCUCCAGCUCGUUCCUUCCAUAGCUCAUCGAAUGAAGAACUAGGGUUUUGAGGUUCUACCAACAACACGAACAACUGAUUCUCGGCCGCCAAACAGAGGAUGAAUGCGUAAUCAAUUGAACCAGGGUGGAUUUUCCCUGUUUUUUAGAUGAUAUUGUAUGUGCUUUGAUACACCCGAAUAUGUCAUUAUCCAGGAUUUCUAGAAAAACCCAUCUUUUGCCUUACUUCAACAGAACUCUACAGCAUGUCCCUUACAAAUCAAGGUACUUAACUGAAGCUCUAUGGAUGAAUUGUAAGUCUCUUGGAAUUAAUAGUACUAGAUAUGGGAUUAUAAGACGUGAAUUUAGUACGGGGUUGUUUGAUAAGCCUGGUCGAUAUUCAUCUUCAAGAACUUGGUGUUUGAGGAGGUCAUAUUCUUUGCUCGGUUUUCAGCACCAAUAUGCUACUCAUGCAGCUACUGAAAAGAAAUCACAGAAGAUGCUUUUGUACCUAACAGGAUUGGUAUUCGCAAUGGUGGGGUGUACUUACGCGGCGGUUCCUCUAUAUAGGAGGUUCUGCCAAGCUACUGGGUAUGGGGGUACUGUUCAACGCCGUGAGAGUGUUGAAGAAAAGAUAUCUCGGCAUGCUCAAGAUGGAACAAUCACCACCAGGGAUAUUGUGGUGCAGUUCAAUGCUGACGUGGCGGAUGGAAUGCCUUGGAAGUUUAUUCCCACACAACGAGAGGUAAAGGUGAAGCCGGGAGAAAGUGCCCUUGCAUUUUAUACUGCUGAAAAUCGAAGUAAAACUCCUAUAACUGGAAUGUCUACUUAUAACGUCACCCCUAUGAAGGCUGCAGUUUACUUCAAUAAAAUACAGUGCUUUUGCUUUGAGGAGCAACGAUUACUCCCUGGGGAGCAGAUUGACAUGCCUGUGUUCUUUUAUAUAGACCCUGAAUUUGAAACAGAUCCUAAAAUGGAUGGCAUCAACAACAUUAUCUUAUCCUAUACAUUUUUCAAGAUUUCUGAAGAAUGAUUGGGAUGCAGCUCUUGUAUGGACAGCCUCGGGAAACCCCUUUCUAUAUAGAGGUCUUGACCAGCAUACUCACAAUAAAAUCAUUCGUAUUCUUACUGAAAUGACGAAAAAUAGUUUACCAAAGUGGGAUUUUGCAUGCCGUUUGUAAAAGUUGGCAAUAUUUUGAAGAUGGGCAGUGUACAUUCUCAUGAGAACCAACCGAUUAUUAUGUUCUUUGGAUUCAAGUAUGGCCCUUUCCAUUGUUGCAAAUAAAUUUAUAUCAAAGUAUAACUCAUGAAUCAGCAUGCUCUCCAUGGUGUCCUUUACUAGAUUCGCAGCAAUGCAUAUAAUAUCAGAGGGGCAUCUGUGUGUAGAUUUUACUAGUCUGUGUUAAACAUGAUUACUGAUUUGGAGGAAUUUGCGAGUACAUUGUGGCAAGUAUAACUUGUAGGAGUCUUACGUUGUCAAGUGUAAUUAUUCUUCCCAUUAAAAUGUAACUGUUUUUUUUAAUGGGAUAUUACGUGCAUCA